AUGGUAGAAUCGUAUCCUGUACCUCGCUGGAAUUUUCAAAAGGCUGACUGGCCUGCCUAUGCAGCCGAACUUGAUGUUUGCUUAAGAUGGAUCCCCCCCGAGCCCAAAAACUACGAGAGGUUUCGGAAACUAAUCAAAAGCAUUGCUAAGAAGCACAUACCCCGAGGAUACAGAAAAAACUACAUCCCUUGUUGGAACGCUGAGACUGAGACGCUGUGGAACGAAUUUUCUGAAACUGGAGACAGGGAGGUAGCACACGAACUUAUACGGUCACUGGAUGAUGCUCGCAGAAUGAAAUGGGCACAAACAGUUGAAACUAUGAGCUUUAAGCAUUCUAGUCGUAAAGCCUGGCACACCCUGAACAGACUGUCUUCCGGGGACACGUCCCAGAAACGAAAGCCCAAAGUGGACCCUAAUGAAAUCGCCCUUAGGAUCCACAAACUGUCAAAGGCACCCAGUGAUAAGCUUCACACCCGAAAAGUCCGUAAGAAGCUCCAAAAUCUCAAGAAUGAAACACUGCCGCAUCAGGACUUUGGGCGGCCAGUUUCUGCAGACGAAGUGAUGUCUGCCAUAAAGGAAACCUCGAUAAAUAAAGCCUGUGGUGAUGACGAAAUAUUUCCAGAGUUUAUUAAAUACUGUGGACCUCGCACACGGGACUGGAUCGCCAAGUUCUACACAGCCAUAAUAGACUCGGGCACAAUCCCCCCUCCUUUAAAACGUGCUAAAAUCAUAGCUAUCUUAAAACCCGGGAAAUCAGACGAUAAAGUAGAAAGCUAUCGACCAAUAGCACUUCUUAGUGUCAUUUACAAGCUCCUGGAACGCAUUAUAUACAACCGCAUUUCUAGCGUCAUCAAUAACUCCAUACCACAGGAGCAAGCUGGUUUCCGCCCCCAAAGAAACUGCACGGACCAGGUUCUGGCACUUACAACGCACAUUGAGAAGGGUUCCGAUCGUAACAUGAAGGCAUCUGCAGUGUUCAUCGACCUCACUGCAGCCUAUGACACCGUCUGGCGCCAGGGACUGUUAUUAAAGCUGCUGAAAAUAGUGCCCUGCAUAAAAAUCUACAGGUUGCUCGAAAGUGCACUUAGUAACAGGCCGUACCGCGUACACCUUGGUGAGUGUGCUAGCCAAGUAAGAGUCUUAAAUAAUGGCCUUCCCCAAGGGUCGGUCCUCGCACCACUGCUCUUCAAUGUAUACGUCCACGACAUGCCCGAAACAACCAGUCGGAAGUUUGGAUACGCGGACGAUCUGGCCUUGGUCACACUAGACUCAAACAUGCAGGCUGCCGAACUAACGCUAACAAGGGAUCUCUCUACCAUGGACAACUUCUUCACGAACUGGCGCCUGUGUCCUAACCCUUCUAAAACGGAAGUAGCUUGCUUUCACUUAAACAACAAAAUGGCAAAAAAAGAGCUCAAAGUGAAGUUUAGGGACACCACUCUGGAACAUAAUUUCUACCCCAAAUACCUGGGAGUUACUCUUGACAGAAGCCUGAACUUCAAACAGCAUCUUGGGAAAGUGUCUGCAAAGCUAAAAACCCGGAAUAGCAUCAUCCAAAAGCUAACCAGAACUACCUGGGGUGCUAAUGCAGCUACACUCCGGACCUCAGCACUGUCGCUGCCUGCCGAAAAAGGAUUCACGCAGGCGUCGAAGGAGAGGCGGCCGCGCAAGGCGCCUCGCAAGAGCCAGUGUGGCACAGCGGAGCCAGAUAUUGCAUCUGGACUGAGGGCUGCCACGCCGAAUACGGCGCUAUACGUAUCGCGCCUGCAUGUUUCCGCCACGGCUGACGAUGUGGUGGAAUAUCUGCGCAAGAACACCCGUUACGAGUUGAAAGUGUUCCAGCUGCGAUCGCGUCAUUACGUGCACUUCCGCUCGUUUGUGGAACGAGGAAUAUUGCGAACUCUUGCUUCAUUAUAUGAUCCUUGCGGAUUCGCGGCACCCUUAAUUUUGCCUGCGAAGCUCCUCCUUCAAGAACUAUGGAAAAGGAAAGAAAAAUGGGAUUCUCAAUUGCCAGAGGACUUAGAGGAAGAAUGGCAGAAGGCAGUAAGUGCUAUAAAGACUGCUGCUGAAAUAGAAAUUCCUAGACAUGUUGGCCUGUCACCAAAUGAAGACACAGAAUGUGAACUUCAUUGCUUCACUGAUGCAUCUAAAAGAGCCUACUCAGCUGUAGUGUAUCUGAGAUUAGUAAAUAAGAAAGAAAAGGGCACUAAAGUGAUGUUCAUUAUGGCUAAAUCCCGGGUUACCCCGAUAAACCACACGGAAGACCUCAAAAUACCAAAGUUAGAAUUACUUGGAUUUGUCAUCGGAAAGCGACUCUUAACUUAUGUAAAGAACACCCUUAGAAUAGAAUUGAAACGACUAUGUCUUUGGUCCGACAGUGAGAUAGUUUUAUACUGGAUGAAAUCAGAAAAGUUAUUGCCUCCAUUCGUCUGCAGAAGAAUAAACGAAAUUAAACAAAAUAAAGAUAUAGAGCCUAGAUAUGUCAAUACAGAAUUGAACCCUGCAGAUCUGGCAACACGACCGGAACUUUGGCUCACGAAGAAGGAAUUGUGGUUCAAUGGACCUCAAUUUCUUUCGCUGAGUGAGGAGGGCUGGCCGAAGUUGCAAGAACACAGCCAGUCAGCUCUUUUCGCAGGAACCGACUCAAUAAUGGAUACCAUGGAGAUGGACCUAUCAUCUCAAGUAGAAGAAUCAAUCAGAGGAACCAUAGAACAGGAAAAUACGGAAGGAAUGACAAUAGAUAUAGAGAAUAUAGAAGACAAUGGCCAGAUGCAGGUUUCGGCCAUCGGGGUUGAUACAAAUUGCACAGAGAUAAAGAAUUUACAAAAAUUAUACUUUCCUCAAGAGGCAGCAGGAAAGAAAACAAGCCUAUCAAGGAAUUUAGGACUAUUUGUGGAUAUGGAUGGAUUAUUAAGAUGUAAAGGUCGGCUUAUGAACACAAUGUGUUCAUAUGACACCAAAUAUCCGAUACUGAUACCUAAGAACUCAGAAUUUACAGACAGACUGAUCCUGGAGACUCAUCAGAAAUACUACCAUGUGGGAGCCCCACAUAUACUAAGCAUUAUUCGCCAGAAAUACUGGAUUCCUCAAGGAAGAGCUAAGGUUCAGCGAAUAAUUAGAAAAUGCCAGCAGUGUAUUAAACAUGGAGGUGGUCCUUACAAACUUCCGCCCACACCAGCACUGCCAGCAGAACGUGCUAAUUAUAGUGCUCCUUUCACAUAUACCGGAAUCGACUAUUUCGGGCCAAUCUUUGUCACGGAGGACGGACACAUGAGAAAAAGAUGGAUUUGUCUGUAUACAUGUCUGGCUGUACGCGCAAUUCACAUGGAAGUAGUUAAGGAUUUAACUGCAGAGGAAUGUUUACUUGCAAUGAGAAGAUUCAUAUCUACACGAGGAAAACCAGAACUCAUAGUCUCGGACAAUGCAUUACAGUUUAAAUUAACUGCAGAAUUAUUGGCGAACACAUACUUCGUGGACAAUAAGAUAAGAUGGAAGUUUAUCCCUCAGCUCAGUCCAUGGCAUGGAGGGUUUUAUGAAAGGCUGGUCGGCGUUGUGAAGAAUUGCAUGAAAAGAACCUUAGAGAAGAGAGUUCUAAAUGACUCACAGCUAGGUACAGUUGUGAAAGAAAUCGAAGCUGUGGCGAACUCACGUCCACUUACUUGUGUUGGGUCUGAUAUAGAAUAUGUUUUACGGCCGGCAGACUUUCUAACCUAUGGGAAAUGUAUAGCGAUUGAACCUUCUAUACAAAAUCCGCAUCCAGGUGGUACAGUCACCAAAGAAAAUCUAAUUGAAGGAUGGAAGAAGGGUAGAGUGAUCCUAGAAGAAUUUAAAAGAAUGUUUCUGGGACAAUACCUUUGCAGUCUACGUGAAAGGUACCAACAUUCACACAAGGAACCCCGAGUUAAAACUAACCAAAGCCCUCAUAUUGGUGACAUAGUCCAGAUUAAAGGUGACUCAAAAAACAGAGAGAACUGGAAGGUGGGAAAGAUCAUCAGUUUGGAACGAGGAGCCGAUGGAGAGUGCAGAGUUGCAAAGGUCAAUGUUGAAGGAAAGGAAUUUAUAAGGUCGAUAGGUCACUUAUAUCCACUAGAGGUGGAAGAAGCUACACUAGAAGAUCCAGGAACAGAAGAAAGAAUUCAAGUAAAUCCAGAUGUACGGGAGACAGAGGAAUCUUCACUACAAGAAAUCGCAGAGAUAUCUGAAAUAGAAACCAGAUGUCCUGAAAGGGAAUCAACAGAACAGAUGCCACAAGAAAUUGCAGUAGAGGAUGAUGUUACAUUGGAGACCAAUGGUUCAGACAAAAUGCUCACUCCCGUAGAACGGGUGCAGAGAAAUGGUAGUGUUGAGCGUGCUAACGUGGUGACUGAAGGUGACGAAGAGGUAGAGAGAGUAGAAACUGUGUCAAAUCCCAAUGAAGAAAGAAUGAGGAGAGCAGCUGCUGUCCGGGCGAGAGAAAGGAUUGCCCAAUGGACUAGCCAGCUGAUAGCCCUGCUAUAGAAACUUGCGCCGUUGGGGAAUGUCGCGACGUACGCGAUCCUCAACAAAAUAGCAGUAGGAGGAAGAAGACGUUUUUUUUCCCAACGGAACAAUGUUCGUGUGGCGGGAAAUAAGUUGGAUAGAAAGAAAGAUGACCUGCGGGUUUAAAUCGGUGAGUGUUAGAAAUAUAGUUUCAUCAGUAAUUAGAUGAGAGAGAUGAAGGGAUAAUUAAGAAUGAAGAAUGAGAAUUAGAAUAGAAACAGCCAAGAAUAAGCAAAAUGGUUGUGAGUGGACAGGGUCGGGCUAUAAGGGGAGUUGUGGAGGCCCGCGGCGGAGAAAGAAUCUCCGCCAAACAAUCAGAAUAGAAUGUACAUUGUAUUAGAAUCUAAAUCAGAGUAUAAAUCUGGAAAUCACUUCAUCUCUCACUCUGUAGUAUUAUGUUGUAUAUUUUCAGAUAUAUCUUGUCGUUAUGUCUCGUUAGAACUCGGGCAUGGUUGAU